UUGGAGUCAGUUUGAUAGCAAUAUAUUUUCCUAUAUUUUUGUAUAUUUUGCAGGAUAUGGUCUGCGAAAAUAUUUAUUUUAUUAUUAAAGUAAGGUCCUAGUACUCAGUGAAGUAAAGAAAAGUCAUAGCAAUUUAUAUUUUUGGCAGUAAAUUAUAAGUAUUAAUGUUAAAUAUAACCGAUAUUAAAUAUUAAAAAGGAAAUAUGUUAAAAAAACAUCUUAGUAGCUCAUCUGUCAAAAGCAUGUUUUGACCUUGAAAGCAUAAUUUGUUGUCAAAUUAUUAUUAGGUUUGCCUAAGUUGGGUUUGUGUUAUAAAGUUACAAAUGUUAGUUUUUCCUAUAAGCAAACAUACAGAAUAUUGUAGUGAUGAUAUUUAUUUGAGUUGAAGAAUAUUAUAAUUAAAUAUGUCUUUAGAAGAAACAGUGCGAGAAACAUGUUCAAAUUUAACAUCAGUUCGAGCUACAGAUAGAAAAAAAAGUGCAGAAUCACUAAAAGACUCCCUUUCAAGAAAUGCUGUUCCUACAUUAUUGACAAAUAAUACUUUAAACAAAAAAGGAUACAACUGGAACAAUGUUUUUGAUGACAUAAAUGACUACAUCAUGAAGGAAACCGAGAAGUUUGAAUCAUCAAAAACUUUUCAGACAACGACAGUCCCCCUUUGCACCAGUUUAUUGCACCUUUGUUUAGCUGGCUCUAACAGAGGUAAAGCUUAUAUAAAAUGCGAGAAAAUAACAAGAGCUUGUUUAGAUAUAUUGAACAACACCCGUCUCACUAACGCAAUAGGGGAUGCAUACAUAAGUUUACUUUACAAACAUGUCCUAAAUAAUGAACACCAUUUAAGUUUUAUCACACCAUCAACCUGGGAAAAUUUAUUAGAUAUUUGUAUUGCAACAUGUGGGAAACAAAACUCAUCAUUGGAUGAUCUGCUAAAGAUAAGACUUUUGUGGCUAGUUUUAAAAAAUGCCUGUUACUAUUGUCAGUUCAACAAACCGUUGAGAGAUUCUUUGAGUGCCAUAAAAAAGUGUUGUGUGAAGGUUUUUAAUAAUAAAAAAAUACAAGAAUUUGCAUUGGAAAUCGUAAUUUUGAUACUAGAAAAUUUGUCUUCAGAAAGCCGUUUAACAGUAUGUGAAUUCAUUGAAAGCAUUUUGCCGUAUAUUUUCAAGAUUUAUGAACAGAGUAUGGAGCAGAGAAAGAAGUCAUUGCUAUUCAAAUUGUGCGAAAUAACCAUAAAAAUUCACAAUCCAUUGGGGGCUUUGAGAACCAGUAAUAGUUCGAUGGCAUACAACUGGGAAACGUGGAACAAACAUGUUGGCAGCAUGUUAGAAAUUGUUUGUCUAGAAAUCAGUGACGUGCAGAAGAUGAAGAAAUUAACCGAUACAUCCCAAAUGCAAUGCGAUUAUUUUUGUUACGUGGGCGCUUCAGCGUUUUACCAGACAUUUAAUAUUCCCGAAAAAGCGAUAGACGAUGUCUCCGAAGUCGGUAAUUCUGCAAAGAAGAUAAGAAAAAACUUUAACACUAGGAAAUCUUUUAAUGAGCUUAUUGAAGAAUUACGUCUGAAUCCUACGGCAUGGAUCGGUAUAAUACAUUUGUAUGUGGAAAUGUUUCGUAGCUCGAUUACUUUUACAGAAUACAUAAAUCUUGCGAGAGCUUUUGAAAACAUUAUUCAACAUAAUCCAAAAUAUCUUGACUGGGAUAAAUUUGAAGAAUUAACUUCUUUGGUUAUCAAAAGCUUGUUGUUAAAUCAAAGUGAAAAUAUUUAUGAUAUUUUAUUACCUAUCUGGAAUGCGUGUGUCAGAAACGCCACAAUAGCGGGUAACCCACAAAAAGCUAUCCAUGCUGUAUUGUUACAACUUUUAACGACUCUGCCCUUGAAGUAUGAAGUUGUUAAACCUUUAUUAUUACUUUAUAUAGAAAAGGGUAUGCCAGUAAAUGAUCACACUGUAGCCACAUUAAACGGACUUUGUCACAAAUUUUAUAUAAAAACUUGUUACUCAGAGAUGAGACAGAAAUACUUUGCAUGGUUAGUUAAUGGAAAUAUAACGAAUCUGAACGUGGUUUGUAUAGAAGAUUUCAUAUUGAGGCUUAUAAGUAAUGAUAAUAUAUCAAUACACACAAAAUCGUCCGCUGACAAUGAAAAUGUAUACGACGUCAUAUUUAAACAUACGGACAGAAGUCUAUUGUACAAUGAAUUUGAGUAUCGAGUGACUGAUAAAGAAAAAGAAAGCGUUCAAGAUAAAGAACACUUUGAGGUGAACUCUGAAUUAUAUGCCGUUGUAGAAGAUUAUCUAGAGAAAACAAUUAUUAUAAAUGAUGAUGUUGACCUUAUAAAAAAUUGUAAAUACUUGGAAAUCGUUAUCGCGUACAUCAAUCUCAUAUUGAAAUUCAAAUUGAAGACACCUAAUGAGGUUGAAUCAACUCUCAUAUACGUUAAGCUUCAAAGAGCCUUAGAAUAUUUGUACACAUCGCUGACAAAGGUUCUUAAAUCUGGUAUACAAAUCCGUGAUAAGAUAGCAACACUGAAAGCGGUACAGGGCAUACUCAUGAAACAUUACGAACCUUUACUUAACAAAGUCAUCAGAAGUUACAUAGAGGAGGAUUGUUUUAAUUGUAUACACGACGUCAUAAGACAAGAUGUGCCCAACGAUGAAGGGGAUAAUUACUAUGACGAGGAAAUAGAGUUUACACCAGUUGGCUUGAAACUAAAUUGCAUUCACCUACUUGCGGCAUAUUGUAGACAUCGCAGUGAAUUCACAGGAGACAUUAUGAAGUGCAUAUCAGAUCCUGAUCUGUAUAACUUUUCAAACAGCUGGGAGAUUGAGGGCGCAUUAAAAUUCAUGCAAAUUAUUAACGAAGUUAACAUGGAACACUCAUCGAUAGAACUAUUGUUCGGACUGAUUAAAAACAUGUGCAGAGAACUGUUUAGACGGCCAAAAGCAACACGAGGUUUGCUUUUGAUCGUAAAAGAGAUGCUCGAUAAAAUUUGGUCUAGUGAUCACAACGAUGAAAUACUCCAACAGAAUUGUUUCAUUAUGAUCGACAGUUUCUCGCAGAGAUGCAAAAACCUUUAUUAUCCACCCGACGUUGCCGCUCUUUUAUACGAAUGUAUCGCUAAGAUCGUUGAACUGAAUAAUAAACGAAAUCUAGACCGACGGUUCAAAGACGUCUUAAUAGAUGCUAUAAAUAGAGACAAUCAUAAAAUCAGGUUAUACUGCUGUCAUUUAUUAAGGCUCAUGAUUGAGGGAUUCUCAGAAGACGACUUCCAAGAAUUGAUAGCGAAAUUAAAGAAUAUAUUCGUUAUAAACGUUUCAGAUAACAAGGAAACCGUGCUACGAGAUGAAUUAAUGAAUCGAACAACCGCUGUUUUACACUGUUUCUAUGUCAUGGGAUUGUCAAAACGAUUUUGUAUACAUGAAAUUGUCAUUAAAGUGAUCGAGUUUCAAAGCGAGAAGUGUAUGGACCAAGCUAUAGUGAAAAAAGUCCUCAAUAUCCUAACUACAACCGUAACAAAUAGUAGUAUAGAAGUGUAUAUGAACGACAAUAUUUUAAGAAUAUUAGAAUACUGGUUCCAGAAUAAUAAACAAUUUGAAGAUCUCCCGUUGUUUUUAUUCGGUUCUGAGAAUAUAGACGAGUUAAUUCAAACGCAUCUCAAAUGGCUUGUGGCCACUGACAUCUUGUGGCGAAGUAAGGGGGUGGUAGAAAAUAGCGCUGUUUUAAAAUACGUUACCGGACAUUCACUUGAAAAUACAAUUGAAAUGUGCUUCUGCAAUAUUGUAGCGCUGAGUAUACCCUAUAUCGUGAUAGAAAAAUAUAAAAUAGAAACCGGAAGAUCAAACGAAUCGAGGACGGCGGAAGCUAGCAAAAUGUUCCAAUCAACAAGGAAGAUUUUGAAAAACGAUAAAUGGAGUAAUUUGUUUGUUGAGAAUUUAGGAGAUUUAUUGUUAUUGACAGCUGAGAGUGUUAGCGAUCACGACGAUGCCUCUCGGCUGUUUGGUUUCCAGUUGAUGAACAGAACUGAUUCUUACACAUAUUCGAAACACGUGUUUUCCGGUAUAUUGGAAUAUUUUGGGGAACUCAUCGAUGGAUGUAUCAUGCAAUAUUUAUGUGAAAAUCAGCCGCUGGUUCUUCUUAACGUCCUAUUCAAGUUAUGGAAUAGAGUAUUACGUGAAAAAAUUUUCGCGUACAGACUUUUGGCCUUUCAUGCUUACUUGGUGUUCAUAGACAAGAUUCCGUUCGGCUAUCCAUCCGAUGCGAUUCUCUACACAUUUGCCUGCGUCAGUAUGUGUAACGCUUUGAAGGAAUCCAAAACAAAUGAUGAUGUAAAAAUCUUCGUCGAUGGUUUACAAAAAAUAUCCAAAAGAGUCACGGACAAUUGGACAAUGUGUAACGAAAAAUCUAAAAAGUUGAUGAUGUCAAAAAUAAUAACAAUUUUAGAUUUAAAGAUCUCAGAGGGUUUUGACGAAUGCGACGGAUUAUUAUGUUAUAUCACAGAGGAUAUAAAAAAAGAGUUUGCGGAGGACGAGGAUGUGGUGGAUUAUAUGAAAGUUAUGUCUCAGGGUAGCUCGACGAUGCAUCCAAUGAUGUCAAAAGUACUCUUUUGUGAUAAACUAAAAACUUUUACGUCCAAUUUGUCGAAUGCAAGCCACAGAACACUUGAAAAAUUACAUUUAUUAAUUAAGAGUAAUAAGAAAUUUAUGAAUGAUAUUUACAUUGAAGCGAGUGACAAGGGAUUUUCAGAAGAUUGUAAAAAUAGUGUGGUGCAUCAAAUAAUAUCCAAAUUAUCAUAUAUAAUAAAGACGACGUCUUAUGAAAAGGUCAUCAUAAAAUCUUGUGAGUGCUUAGCAGAGAUCGGGUGUUACGAUAUAAAAACACUCGUGACAGUCCCUCCUACAGAUAAAAGCAGAAUAGUGGAUGUUAGUCCAAAGCAGUACUUUGCCGAGUCAGCAUUGUCAUCCCUGGCAGAACAUCUGUUUGAUGACGAUCCUACUUUAAGUAACGCUAUAGCGAUAGCAAUUAGCGAUCUUUUAAUGCACCGGGACGGAAAACUAGCUUUGGAUGCCGUGGAAAAUGGAAAAGAUAUGUUGUUGUCUCUAUCGACGUCUAAUUGUAAAACAAAUGCUGUAUACAAAGUGGAGAAUAUAAAGUUUGAUUUAUACAACGCUAUAGAUUACUGGAUACCAAAUAGAGAAGAAAGUCUUGACCAAUGGGUCACGAGAAUAACUUUGGCUCUGCUAGAUCUGGUUUCAUCAUCCACGAAUUAUUUGAGAUCAUUGAUUACCGUUUGUGCGAAGAAGCCAAGCAUAUCCAAAAGGAUUAUGCCAGCGUUGAUGGGUUUGAUCCUUUCUUGUUCGACCGAUGUGCACGCAGCAGUUUUUGGAGGACAAAUAAACGAAGUAUUUAGAUUCAUUUGGAGCAAUAGCUUCGAUGACGAUUUUGAAAGUAGUGAAUUCGGGGGCACCCCGAAAAAUGCUCGAAAUAUAAGCCACGAUCAUAAAAUGAUAGUACAUUAUCUGUUGGAUAUCGUAGACUUUGUCCGUAUACAGAUGGGGCAUUGCAAGUUUUGCAUACAAGGUCGUAAAGUGAAAAGUUUGAACUAUUUAAACCUGGAAUACGACAAAGUGUCGUGGGGCGCGACUGUCUCGGAACAGCCUCUGUUGGCAAUUUUCUAUGGGGAGCUGUGGGCGGCCGCCGCAAACGGUGCCGUACCGCCCGCUGCGCCGUGUGACGUCACUCAACUUCCGGGGGGAGACCACGUUCAGAGAAUAUUCAGGAGAUGCUAUGUGUCCAUAGGUGAGAUGGACGCCAUAGAUGGAUGCGGCACUGCUCACUUGACUAUCGAAAAGGAGAAACGGAAGCAUCUCAUUAAUACCGGCCAAUAUUCUGAUGCGUUGCUUUUCCUAGACAUAGCACUUUCUCGAGGAAACGAGGAUGAUAAUGUAUUAUAUGGGGUCGUGACGUCACUGCACAAGUUGGGCAUGCAUCAUUUGGCGCUACAGUAUAUCAAAUCUUACCCAGAAAGCGACAAGCUUGAUGAUAUUAAAUAUGACUGCUUGUCCUAUCUUGGUGAUUGGAGCCACUUUGUUGAUACCGUGGAACUUGAAAACAAACUUACCAUAGAUAAUAUCAAGCAAGAUUCGAUUAUUAAAGCGAUGCGGUAUUCUUGCUUGAAAGAUUGUCUUAACAUGAAACUAUCUGUGGAUUUCGACAUGAAACUUGAGAAACCGUUUAACAGGGCUAAAUUAGCUAUAGCCAAACUCUGCCAGAACCUUAACAUGGAAAAUUGUCAAAGUGUCUAUAAGGUUGUUUCAUAUUUACAUUUGUUUAGUGACAUUGAACAAUACUUUUCGGUGAGAUGUGGAAAGAUGUCUAUAUUAGAACUGAUAAGAAGAUGGAAGGUCGAUGAUUUACCUCUUUUCAGUGAUUUUAAACAUGUCGAAGGUCUUAUAUGUCAGAGGAGUUUAAUUCUUGACCACGCUGCUCAAAAUUAUUCCAUUUCUACAAUCUCUGAUCUACAGUUACAAUACGCAGAACUGGGCCUAUCAAACAAAAGAAUCCAAAUGGCUCAGCGUCUUGUAGCCUCUGUAAAAAAUCAUCAAUCAUCAAAAAAAGUGGCCCUACUAGAGAGUCAAAUUUCAUGGGCCAAAGGACAUAAGGACAUCGCCCUAUCUCUACUCAACGGAAUAAUUAUACAAGAAAAAGAAGAUCCCGACCUUAUGGCUAUGUCUUUAAGGCAAUACGGUCUAUGGAUGGCAGAGAGUAAAAGAGAGAAUGCGAGGGAUAUAAUACAUAAAUACCUUGAGAAGAGUCUUAUCGCUCUGAACAGUCGUGAAGAUGUAACAACGAGAUUUAAAGUGUACUACGACAUUGCUACUUUUGCUGAUGCUGAGUAUAAACAGGUUGUAUCUUACAUGAAUUCUUCUGUGUAUGAAGAUAAAGUAAAAUGUGUUGAGAACAUGAAAGGCGCAGAGGCUUCAUUAAACUCGUCCCAACAAAGGCUAACGAAGGAUCAAACCAGAGCUUUGAAGACUAAUCAAACCUUCAGACGUUUAGAUGAGGCAGACAUCGUUAAUACGAAGGGAGAAAAGGAGAGUUUUCUUAAAAUGGCGUUGAAAUAUUAUCUAUUGUCAUUGAAAAUAUCUGAUGAAAACAACCUGUCCGUAUUUCGAGUGAUUUCUUUGUGGUUUGAUAACCCGGGUUUCGAAUUUGAAGACGAAAACUUAGAUAAACUUCUCCAUGAAGUACCAUUGUGGAAGUUCAUCACCGUUCUACCCCAACUAGCUCCCAGACUCUCCAAUGAAGAUACGCCUUUCGCUAAACAAUUAAACAAACUAAUAAAGAGGUGUGCACUGGAGCAUCCCCACCACACUCUCCCCAUCCUUUUCAAUCUUAAGAACUCCGACAAGGACAGCAUCAUAUUGAACGCAAGUUCUUCAGUCUCACUUCCGAGCUCGGUUGAGCCUCGUAUUUUAGCGGCGGGAAGAAUAAUACAGGAGCUUUCUGAUACAGAAAUAGCCCUUCCCAUAUCCCAAAUGGAGCAGAUCUGUAAUGCUAUAAUAAGCUUCGCUUACUACGUUCCGCAAUCUAAAGACCUUAAAGCUCAAACGAUUCCGAGAACGGAGCCAAUAUCGGCUUUAAACACUUUGAACGCUGUUCCGAUACCCACCGAUACGAUACCGGUAAAGAAGGAUUGUAAUUAUUCUCAAAUAGCUACCUUGUCUUCAUUUGAAAGCAGCUUUGAACUAGUUGGAGGUAUCAACUAUCCGAAGAAAAUAUCGUGCUUGGGAUCCGAUGGGAAGAAGAGGAUUAUGCUAAUUAAGGGGGAAGAUGAUCUCCGCCAAGAUGCUGUGAUGCAACAGGUCUUCACCAUCGUUAACACGCUCCUUGAAAAGAAUCCAAUUACUAACAGGAGUAAACUCCUAAUACGUACUUAUAAGGUUUCUCCGAUGUCUCGACGGUCUGGUGCUCUGGAGUGGUGUGUAGGGACCUCGACCUUGGGUACCUACCUUCUAGACGCACACAAACGAUAUAGGCCACAGGAUAUACCGCCAUCUACCGCCAGGGGUAAGAUAAAAACUUACCAAGAAAACCGGGCGUCCAAUAAACGCAAAUUAGAACUCUUUAAGGACAUAUUGAGGGCGUUUAGGCCGGUGUUUCAUUAUUUCUUCACUGAAAACUAUCUCGAUCCAGUCACGUGGUAUGAAAGAAGAGAUGCAUAUACCAGAAGCGUUGCGACUUCUUCCAUGGUGGGGUACAUUAUGGGUUUGGGCGAUCGACACGUACAGAACAUUCUGAUCGAUGGGACGACUGCUGAAUUAAUACAUAUUGACUUUGGUAUAGCAUUUGACCAAGGAAAAGCAUUAAAUACUCCAGAAACCGUGCCAUUCCGCUUGACUCAAGACAUCAUAGCAGGUUUUGGCUGUAGCGGAGUGGAAGGAAUUUUCAGACGGUGUUGCGAGAAAACCUUACAAUUGCUCCGGGAUCAUCAAGAGACAUUGCUAACUAUAUUGGAGGUGCUUCUGUGCGAUCCGUUGUAUUUUUGGAUAGUAUCUAAGAAUACUAAAUUAGAGGAAUCAAAUUCGGAAAGUUCUUCGAGCAGUGGUUUGGCGUCCAGGGCUCUGCUGGCCGUCCGCAGUAAGUUGAGCGGGGCGGAGGGUGUGGGGGGCGCUGGGGGCGUGUCCGUCACCGGUCACGUGGCCAGACUCAUCAGCGAUGCCAGCGACCCCGCCAACUUAUGCCGAAUGUUCCACGGCUGGCAAGCCUACUUAUAAACAUGCGACGAACAAAUAAAAACUUUAUAAUGUUUAAGAUAUAUAAUAAAAUUAAAAACUUUUUAAUCCAAAACGAUUCAUCACAACACUGUGAUAAUGUACUAGCUGUAAUAGUUAACCCAAACGGAUUGCUUUGUUCGUAAUGUCAGUAAUAAUUUCGUAUGUUCUAAUUGUUCAUUGUGAUUUUCUAUGUUAAGCUUUAUAUGUAAAAUGAUUGAAUUUAAUUACAUAUAAACAUUUAUAAAUACGUUUUAUGGUUA